AUGCGGUCUCCAGCCCGCCCCGCGACCCGGCCCUUUUCACACCUCCUCAAGACCAACAUCUUCGUCAAGUUUCCGACUGAUCUACCUCCUGUGGCCUAUCCCUCCACCUACGACGCCAGUUCUCCCCCCAUCCCAAUUCUUACCUUUCAAACGUCAGCGUGCCACCCCAAUCCAGGUUAUUUCCUUUCUCAUCUCCACUUCACCAUCGCCGUCGUCAGCUCCACGACCCUCACGGGUUCGGUGACCAACUCCGACCUAUGGCUUUGCAUUUCACCUGCACCAUCCCUCCUCCACUCCACCUUCAACUAA